AUGAAGGUUGAGGUAAUUGCGAGAGAAACCAUAGAGCCAUCUUCUCCAACUCCCACUCACCUCCAAAGCUUUAAGCUCUCUUUAUUGGAUCAAGUUGGUUUUCAUUUUCCUAACAAAUUCGUACUUUUUUAUGCUGCUGAGGCCGAGGUUGAUCCUGCUUUAUCAAACUACAAGUCUGUAUUUGAAUCAGAAUCUGAAUACAAUAGUACUAGUGAUGAAAGAUCGCAACACUUGAAGAAAUCGUUGUCACUAGUCCUAACUCGAUUCUACCCACUUGCCGGAAGAAUCAAAGAUCAUUUAACAGUUGACUGCAACGAUGCGGGUGCUGAAUACGUAGAAGCUCUAGCCAACUGUACCCUAUCAGACCUUCUUCAACAUCUCGAUCCCAAAACGCUGGGCCAUUUCUGUGCUACUAAUAGGACACCUUUCUUAGUUGUCCAGGUCACGUUCCUCAAGUGUGGCGGAAUGGCACUAGGGAUAUCCAUCUCCCACAAGAUCACUGACGCUGCCACAUUUAGCUCAUUCAUCAAGGCUUGGGGUAAUACCGCCCUCCUCGGAUCCCCGGUGUUGGCCCCUGAUUUCACAGCAAAUAGCUCUCGCUUUGCGCCCAUGACCACCGAGGAAGAAAUCUUAAUGAAGCCCAUCAACUUCAAUAAGCUGAGGUUCGACGGUAUUCCAAAAAGGUAUGUGUUUGUGUCCUCCAAGAUUUCAUCCCUCAAGGCCAAAGCAACCAGCGCUAGUGUCCCAAACCCAACUCGUGUCGAGACCGUCUCUGCCCUCAUUUGGAAAUGCUUGAUGGCCACCGCCUGUUUAAAAUCAAGCCCUCCUCCAUCCCCAUCAGCGUUCGCACUAAGUUGGGCUAUCAACAUUCGUGCUAGGAUCAACCCACCAUUACCAGAACAUUCUUUUCGAAACAUGUUAGUGGUACUAAGGAUAGGUCAUAUGGAACAACCCAACAAACAAUGCAUUAAAGAAGAAGAAAAAGAAAUAGACUUGUCCAAGUUAGUUUGCCAGCUGAGGAAAGGCAUUGAAGGAUUCCGCGAUAAUUAUGGAAAAGAACUUCAGGGGGAGAACCGCAGGGAGGCAUAUUUAAAAGAGUCCGGAGAGAUUAUGGAACUGCAAUUUAGUGAAGAGGUUGAGACGUAUGUGCAUAACAGUUGGUGUAGGUUCCCAUUUUAUGAAUCAGAUUUCGGGUGGGGAAAGCCUACAUGGGUGAGUAUUGCUCCGAUGUCGCCUGGGACAAGUGGUAAUCCACCUAGUGUAACUACAUUUUUGGAUACCAAAGAUGGUCGAGGAAUUGAAGCCUGGGUCACUUUGGCUCCAGAAGACAUGCCCUUGUUCGAGACUAACCCAGAUUUGUUGGCUUUCGCUUCUCUGAAUCCAACUCCUCUCUACACUGAAUAACUCACUAUUCGAUCAUAUAAUGAAGAUGAUCACAAUCCGACUACAAGUGUAUCGGGUGGGAUCUAUCAGAUUUGAAUAAGUUGAGAA